UGUUAAAUAUAGUUUAAGUAGUCCUACCCAUUUUCUGUACUGCUGAUCCCCACUCGGGUCAGCCCGUCCCAGCCAACUGCGGCCAAGAGUAUCGGCACAUCCCGAACUGGUCGCCAGAACAAUCGCAGGCCACUCGUCGUAUUUGUAUAUUGAUUAUUUCAUUUUUAGUAGCUCUAUAUGCAUUUAAAUUUUGUGCUUAUUUGUUUUAUUUGAGUAGUAGUACAACAGCAGAGGCAGUAUUUAUAUAUUUAUAUUUACGUUAUGUUCUAUUUAAAUAGUUGCAGUUGUGUAUUAUUAAAAUUGUUUUUUUUUUUUUUUGUUGUAGUACCACUAUGUGGUUAACUUUUUAUGUUUAUUCGUUUUGUUUAAGUAGUACAGUAUAUAGUAGUAUAAUUCAUUCAUAUCAGCAAUGUGUAUUUCAGUUACGUCAACUUCCCAUUGCCUUUGAAAAUCUGUGCGGAUAUUUUUCGAUGUUUAUCAGAUUCUUAUCUCACAAUCGCAAGAGUGUUGGAUGAUAUCCAACUGGAUGCACUUUUUUUUUUUUUUACCGCACCUUUUUUUUUCCCCACUCUUCACUGUAGCAGCGACGUCAUGCGCCUAAUGAAGCAUGCGGUACGCAUCGUAAAUCCAGCUUUAGAGUGGGGAAGAGUCGGCACGGGCCAAAUACACGCUCCUGACAGCAUGAAAAACCGAGAAAUGAAGUUCAUCAACCAAGGCCUGGAGGAUGAGAUGGAGGUGUGGGGUUACCAGCCCUGCCUGUGGAAAAUAAUCCUGGUAGGUGUUGGUACCGUUUGGUCCGGUGGUCUCCUGCUCCUGCUGCUCUACUGGCUUCCCGAGUGGGGGGUCAAAGCCACGUGCACGCCAAGUUCACCGAGGGACGCACACACACUCCUACUCAGGACAACGGAUGACUUCAGGCAGUGGGUUCGUGUCAAAGUACACAUGAUGUCGGCUCCAGGGAAGACCCCCUUCGACAGUGUGGAUCAUCAGUCCACAGCUCCUUUUCUGAAUGGACACCACCACCAAAGCCUCACUGGUGAACUUAAGGAUCAAAAUGGGAAUUUCAACUACAGAGAAUCCGUCAACACGGUGCACUACUUCACCUACAACAGCAUCAAAUACUACUGGAAUGAAGGCACACAGGACUUUAAAACAUUAAAGGGCUUGGAGGACACACAGGUGAGCUGCGGAGGCAUUCAGAGAGACCACAGCUAUGGACUCACUAAAACCAUACAUGAUUACAGAGCUUUGUUUUUUGGGAAGAAUGACAUCGAUGUAAAAGUGCCACCUUUAUUCAAACUCUUUGUAAAAGAGGUCUUCAACCCGUUUUACAUCUUCCAGCUCUUUGCUAUUAUACUCUGGGGUGUUCAGGAAUACAUCAGUUAUUCCCUGACCAUGUUGAUUUUAUCUUUUAUUUUAAUAGCUGCCUCUCUGCAUUCCAUAAGAAAGCAUUAUUUGAAACUGCACAAGUUGGUGGUCGCCCACAGUUUCGUACAAGUUUCAGUCUGCAGAAGAAAUAAAGAUGUCGAACAGGUCAUGUCGACUGAGCUUGUACCCGGUGAUGUCAUCACUAUUCCAACCAAUGGGAUGAUUAUGCCUUGUGACGCCGCGCUCAUCUGUGGCACCUGCAUUGUCAACGAGAGCAUCUUGACAGGAGAGAGUGUACCUGUUACCAAGACCAGUUUGCCAAGUUCAGGCGAUGAUGCAGAGAUGAUCUACAAUACAGAGCAGCACAAGGGACACACCCUCUUCUGUGGCUCACAGGUCAUCCAAAGCAGUAACUACACCGGCGAGCUGGCGAAGGUGGUCGUGGUCAGAACGGGCUUCAGUACAGAAAAAGGCCAGCUUGUGCGCUCCAUCCUUUACCCGAAACCCACGAACUUCAAACUGCACCGUGAUGCUAUGCAGAGCCUGAUGUGCCUGGGGGUGUUGGCAUUUCUUGGUUUCCUCUACGCCAUCGUUGUUGAUGUCCUAUUAGGGGUUCCGAUUAAAAACCUCAUCUACGAUGCUCUGAACAUCGUUGUUAUUGCUGUACCUCCGAUCUUACCCGUGGCCUUGACUGCUGGUCUGAUGCACGCACAGCGACGCAUGAGGCAAGUUGGCAUUUUUUGCAUCAGUCCGCAAAGGAUCAACAUUUCCGGUCAGCUGAACCUGGUCUGCUUUGACAAGACUGGCACGCUCACUGAAGACUGUUUGGAUCUUUGGGGUGUUCAGAGAGCUGAAAAUGGCAUUUUUUUAGCUCCAGCUGCUGAGGUAUCUGUCGAGACUUCUUUUGGCGCCUGCAUGGCUACUUGCCACUCCUUGAUUACCAUAGAAGGCAAACUCUGUGGAGACCCUUUAGACGUCAAAGUGUUCAGCGCCACUGGCUCGAUUCUUGAGGAUGCAACCGAAUAUCACACUGCACUUUACAAUACCAGAAUUUCCAAAGUUGUUCGAUUUCCAGAUCAGUCUGGUGAGUUUGGCAUUGUGCAGCAGUUCCCCUUCUCCUCGGCGCUGCAAAGGAUGAGUGUGGUGGCCCGGCGGCUGGGACAAAAUCACUUCGACGCCUACCUAAAAGGAGCACCAGAGACUGUGGCUAACCUCUGCAAACCACACACAGUCCCACAGAAUUUCACAGAGACUCUGGAGUCCUAUACCAGACAGGGUUUCAGGGUUAUCGCCCUGGCCCAUCACCAACUGCAGUCUGAACUUUCCCAGCUCAAAAUACAGAGCCUCUGCCGAGAGCAGAUAGACACCAACAUGGACUUCCUUGGUUUGAUCAUCAUGCAGAACAAAAUCAAAGAAGAGACUGCUGGCGUGUUGUUUGACUUAAAACAGGCGAACAUUCGAACUUUAAUGGUUACAGGUGACAACAUGUUGACAGCAAUAACGGUGGCUCGUGGCUGUGGAAUGAUUCGAGUACAUGAGAGAGUCAUUAUUGCUGAUGCUGUCCCUCCUAAUGAUCAAAACCCCGCUAGUAUUACAUGGCGCUACUCUGAGGACAUUCAUCUGGAAAAUAAACAGAUGACUGAGAUCAGCUUUGCAGGUGACGGAGUGCACAGUGACGAGGACCCGGACUACCACUUUGCUGUGAGUGGCCAAGCCUUCGCUAUCAUCACCGAGCACUUUCCACAACUUUUCCAGAAGCUUCUCCUGAGAACCAUUGUGUUUGCCCGCAUGACUCCAGACCAGAAGACUGAGCUGGUGCAAGCUCUGCAGAGCAUGGAUUACACUGUUGGGAUGUGUGGGGAUGGUGCGAAUGACUGUGGGGCUCUGAAAAAAGCUCACAGUGGAAUUUCUCUUUCUGAGCUGGAGGCCUCCGUUGCAUCCCCUUUCACCUCCUCCAUCCCAAACAUCUCCUGUGUCACCAAUCUCAUCAGGGAAGGCCGUGGUGCUCUUAUCACAACUUUCUGCGUGUUCAAAUUUAUAUCCCUCUUCAGCCUCAUCAUGUUCUGCAGCGUCAUUCUGCUCUACAUGGUUCUCAGCAAUUUCGGUGACUGGCAGUACCUCGUAACUGACACUAUAAUGCUUUCUCUAAUCAUUUUUACAAUGAGUUUGAACCCUGCAUGGACGAAGCUGGUGCGAUGUGCCCCCCCAGCCAGUUUGAUGUCCGCCCCGGUGCUCUCCUCAAUUUUGUUUCAGAUGCUAAACAGCCUACUCUUUCAGAUUUUUACUUUCGUCCUAGUGCAACAACAGAGUUGGUAUCAGACUUCUGAGGAAAUGAAAUACAACGAGUCCAGAUCUAUUGACAGAUAUGACCUCAACCAAACUGAAGCUGAAGGCAUCUAUAUCAUCAAGAGCUUUGAAAGCACUUCCCUCUUCUUCGUUACCGCGUGCCAGUAUUUGAUUGUCGCUGUUGUCUUCUCCAAAGGAAAACCCUUUAGACAACCAAGCUAUAAAAACUGGCCAUUUGUAUUGACCUGCACUAUUCUAUAUGCGUUCCUCCUGUUCAUCUUGCUGUAUCCCGUCCCUGCUAUAGACAAGAUGAUGGAGUUUGCACCCGUUCCUUACGACUGGCGCAUUACGCUGCUCAUCAUUAUUCUGGUGAAUGCUGUUCUGUCUUUUAUACUGGAGAAUUUGAUCCUUGACACUCUGUGGAAGUUUGUUCCAACCAAUGUGGGUGUAAAGUGGACCACCAAAUCCCAAAGUGCUAACACAACGCAGAUGGUGAACGACUGUCGGGGCUCGGCCUUCCUCUCCAGGAUCUUCUUUUGUAAAAACCGUCCCCCAAAGACUAAGUACAAGUGUCUGACUCUAAAGCUGCAGGGGGAGGUUGACUGGCCUCCUGCACCUUCCACCGUCACCUAUGCCAGCAGGCCUCAGUACCUCAUAUCUGGCCCAUUUUGACACCAAUAACCACGAUAGUGGCGUCCCAUUUUAUAGAUGCCAUGUCUCAUCUGGUGCUCUGUUCAUUUCAACAAACAAAUGAUGGAUGGAUGAAUGGAUUGAAUGGUUAUUUAACCCUCAUCGGAAAAUUCCUUCCUUCCCCUCUCCUAAAUAGAUAACAGAUACUGUAGUUACCUCUAUGUUGCAACAGAAGAGUCACAGAAAAGCAUAGAAGUGGACUUCCAUGGAAAUGGACUGUUCCCCUGCUUGAUCGAACAUCUAAUGUGAAGUAUGUGAGAGAGAGAGAACAGAAAGUUGGACAAAAAGUAUUGAAAUAUUUGACCGUUGUGCAUUGAAAUGUUUCGAGAAGGUCCAAUUAGGUGCAACUUUAAAGGUGCAUUUUAGCUUCAUCCUGAAAUUUCAUCCAGAUGCCCAAUAUCUCAUGUAUCUAUCUAUAUAUAUUUUUGCGAGUGUUUCCGAUUUGCAGUCACCUUGGUAAAUAUUUGUAUCAGAUAUUUAUUCACACUUGGAAGACACCCAAUUCACAUGUAAGCAUACCAAAUUGCAUUUGAGACAUACCCGAAUUGGGCUUCUUCGGAGUUAAAAAAAACAACAACAACAAAUAUUUUUUCUUACUUUUGCAACUCGAAUCAUGAAAUAUAAAUCCACACAAAUUGUGCUGCAUCUGUCAUUGAUUGAACUAAAAGUUAAAAGGAGUGUAAAAGGACACAAAGUAAAACGUACUCUAAAGUGAAGUAGUAGUAGUCUCAUAUUCUGUUUCUUUGGAACACUGACAAGUACAAAUUUUCCGUCAACCAAUCGUAGCAUGAAAGUGUAUCUUUUGCCAUUAUUACACAAACAUUGUACAAAUAAAGGGGCCCUCAACUACAAUGCUACUCUUUCAAUACAUACAGCAUGUUGAAAGUAAGUUAUGUAAAAAAUCUAUAUUUAAAAAAAACACUGUUAGUCCAGAUGCACAUAUUUUUGUCCUAAUGAUGUUACUUUACCAACAAGAGAGCACAUACUUGUAUUUAACUAUUUAUUAACGGAGAUACAGCUGCAGGAAAAACUAAGUGAACCCUUUGGAAUGACCAAAAUUUCUACAUAAGAUGUUUAGAAAAUGUGAGAUGUGAGAAAAUGUUUGGAGAAAAGAGGGCACCCCCGUUUUUCAACUCCGUGAAUUUGAUGUUCAGUAAGAACAUGGAAACAUAUCCUUACUUGUGUGCUAUUAGUUUAAGUCUAUUGUUGUAACUUAGAUGAAGAUCAAACCGCAUUUUAUGAUCAAUCAAUUCAGAAAUGCAGUACUCACAUAAUUUUUCUCGAGUAUUUGUAUAGAAAGUGCACCCGUGUAUACUCAAGGUUUGGCUAACAGCGGGUUCAGUUAGGAUUUUUUUCCUCCACAUUUAUUUUGAUUCAAUAUUUGUGUUUUUGAUGUAUACCUGGUUAUUUAAGAAUUUGGGGGAGCGGUCAUUUACUGUAUUUGAUUUUUUUUUUUUUUUUUCAAAUGUAAUUUUACUGGCUGUCAAUUAUCCGCAGAUUUUCGCGAUUCACUGUCUCGUCCACUUCUUAAUGCUGUUAAGAAGCUUCACUCCUGAAUUUGGCAAUGAUGAAUAUUUUCAAGGAUUAAAGUAUACACAAGUACUGUAUGAAUAAGUAUUCUUGCAUUAGGUUUCCGUUUAAUGUCAAUGAUGAGAAAAGUUUAGGGUUUAAAUUGUUUACCAGAUUGAAGGAUUACGAAAGCCUUGUAUACGCAUGCUUAAAAGCUUGAGAGCACUUUCCCUUCUCAUGUGAGGCAUCUUUUCCUAUUUAAAAACAGAAGGUGUGAAAAAUCAAUAUUUGUGUACUGUACAUUUGUGUAAUGAAACCACUUUUUGUGGCCCAAGUGAAAGUACAUUACAGUUGGUCAGAAAUAAUUUUAUAUGUGGGGUUUAGCCGGUUUGUUUGUUUUUAUUGUUUCUUUUAUUUAUGAUCACAAGAUAAAUUGGGCCCUCCAACUCGAUUAUGACCCUAGGUUGUCAUUUUGUUGGGCUUGAUUUUUCUGUAAUUUCUCAAAUGUUGAUUCAAAGUGUUCAGUGUGAAAUAUGUAAACUAAAGAAAACAGUGCCUCUAAGAAUGAUGUGCCUGAAUGGCUGAAUAUCCCUUGAUUGAUGUCAUUUUAUAGUAUGUUUACGACCAAUUUGUUGACUACUUAGCAGCCUAAUAAACACCCGUUUCUGAUGUUAAAAGUCUAUUCUGAAAAAGAAAACCUAGAUUUUUUUUUAAUUGUUACCAGCUCAUUUAGCUUUUUCAUUUUAUUUUAUUAUUAUUUUUUUGGGGCUAUAUUUGUGCUGUACCUGUUGUCAGUUCAGUCCUGAUUUUCCUAUCAGCAAAAGUGUGUCCAGUGAUAUUUUUUUCUUAUCCAGCACUACGCAAAUUGAACGUUGAAAAUUGAAGUUGUUUUGUGAACAGAAAGUUCAUUUUUCUCUGUGUCUGGUUCUGAAAACUGAAAAUAAAAAAAAUCCAUUUUACAUGGAGAAUUCA